UUGCAAAUAAGUGAUAACAAAUAAAAAUAAGUUACAUAUUGAGACGGGCAACGACUUGCAACUUGAAAAUACUUCAGCAUUAUUUACUUCCAUUAUUCUCUCAAUUAAUAUUUAAUUUAGAAAACUUCGUUUUGCUCUCAUACUCGUCAUUCAAGCGCAAUGUUAAAAAAUAACGGCCGCCAUAAAAAUCUUCAUGAAAAUGAAAUUGGAAACGAGUUCAUGGAUCAAGGAUAUCAUGGUGACAAAUAUGAAUGUAUAGGACAACAUUUACUUAAUGAUGAGGAUGAAGAGCCUGAACGUAAUGGUGAGGAUGAAGAGCCUGGAUGUGAUAGUGAGAAUGAAGAACUUGGCUCUAAUGGUGAGGAAGAUGAGAACCGCAAAAAAAUUGAUCGACUGCAUCCCGUUCCCAAAAUCAUGCUAGCUCUUCACGGCAAGGAGCCUCAUGAUUGCGAGGAAGGUUCGGUGGCCGUUCAAGAGUCGCUGCACCGACUUGUGGCCGCUUUCCAGCGGCGGACAGACCGCACCAAGGCGGCCAUCACUCAUACCUCCUCUCCUGACUCACUGUCCUCCGAUGAUAGUUCUAACGAUGAUGGUGAGCAUCAGCGUCGUCGUCAGCAGCGACUAGCGUCCCUAGUUCCUGACAUAUCGUCCCGUCCUGACACUAGUUGGCAGCAACUAGUGGGAGUUUCUGGCACUAGAGCGACACUCAAGAGGAUGGCACUCAGGGCCAGGAAGUACCUGGCACCUAGUGUUGCUAUCGAACCUACUAGUAGGAUCUACCUUACGUGGCUGGCUAUAGCCAAUGCUUGCUACAUCUACAACGCCAUCACCAUACCUCUACGAGCUGUCUUCUCUAACUAUCAGACGGCCUCUAACUGGCACUGGUGGCUGGCCUGCGAUUGCGUAUGCGACGCAAUAUACGCGCUCGACGUGCUGCUCUUCAACUUCCGCGUCAAGUUCAUCGACAAUGGCUUCUGGGUGGGCGAGCCGCGCCAGAUACGCAGGCACUACGCCAGGAGCCGCAGGUUUAAGCUUGAUCUACUCGCACUGCUGCCCUUGGAUCUUCUCUACCUGGUUGUUGGUCCUGCCCCCGUCUUACGUCUACCACGUCUCAUAAAGAUCCACGUGUUCUGGGACUGCUUCAACCGUCUAGACUCCUACUUAUCCUCACCGUACAUCGUACGUCUGACGCGCACAGUUCUGUACAUGCUGUACAUGAUUCAUCUCAACUGCUGCGCCUACUACGGCAUGUCCAAACUCGAGGGCAUCGGGUCGAACGCUUGGGUCUUUUCGGGCGAGGGUCACAGUUACAUCAGAUGCUUCUACUUCGCGACCAAGACGGUGACAAGCAUCGGCAAGAACCCGCGGCCAGAGAACGACGCCGAGCACGUCUUCAUGACGGCGUCUUGGCUGCUGGGGGUGUUCAUCUUCGCGCUGCUCAUCGGCCAGAUCCGCGACAUCAUGGCUACGGCGACGCGGGCCCAGACGGAGUACCGCGCCGUGAUGGACGCCACGCAGAACUACCUUCACAAGCUCAACCUGCCUGUGGCCCUGCAGGCACGCAUCAAGCUGUGGUUCACCUACACGUGGCACAGCCAGAAGACAUUGAACGAGAACGACGCGCUGGGCUACCUGCCGAAGAAGAUGCGCACCGACGUGGCCCUAAGCGUGCACAUCAGCACCCUGGCGAAGGUGCAGCUCUUCCAGGACUGCGACAAGGCGUUACUGCGCGACCUGGUGCUUAAACUGCAGCCGGUCAUCUACCUGCCAGGGGACUUGGUGUGCAAGAAGGGCGAGGUGGGCAAGGAGAUGUACAUCGUGCAGAGCGGUCAAGUGCAGGUGGUUGGAGGACCCGACAACGCGACGGUGUUCGCCACGCUGGGCGAGGGCUGCGUCUUCGGGGAGGUGUCGCUGCUGGCCGUGGGGGGCGGCAACCGCAGGACUGCCGACGUCGUGUCGCGCGGCUUCUCUAACCUGUUCGUGCUGAGCAAAGCUGAUCUACACGAAACUAUCAGGGACUAUCCCGAGGCUCAAGAAAUUCUGCGUAAAAAAGCCAGGCGGCUGCUGAAGCAGACGCUGGGCGACGUGCGGCGGAGAGUCCAACCCGAGGACGACGUGGUCAUCAGAGAGCGCCAGGAGACGCCCAAGCUGAUGAGGGCUGUACUGCAGGUGGUGCGGCAGGAUUCGUUCACAGCUUCGGUAUUACGGAGGUCGUCCCGCUCUCUCUCCCCACUCCCCUUGAACGCUUCCCCUUGUCCCCUACACUCUUCCCACGCGAGUGUCUCUUCUUUGGGGACUCAAUCCCCACAAUCCGUACACUCCCUGCAAUCCCCACAGUCCGUACACUCCCUGCAAUCCCUCUCACCUGCUAAGCCAAACCCGGCGCCAACAAACGCCAGUGCUACGCAAUAUGGAAAACUCUUGGGGGUUCCUUGCUUGGGGUGUGGGGAGGACGAGAAGAGGUUGUCACUAAUUGGUAACUUCCCUGCCCGGGGAGACAGCGUGACCAAAGAGCAGCCGCCUGACAUGCAGGAUGACGGGCAGGGUUCUUUUGAUGACGCGUUCCUGCCAGACGGUUCGCAGCAUCACAACACGACCGCACCCACUAGCUCGUUGGAGGAAAUUAACACUGACCAAAAUGAACAUCAACCUCUCAGCAAAAAUCUACACGUCGAUCUAGAUUUUCAAAGCAAAAUCCAAGCUCAAGAAGGAGGCGUAUCACUUCUACCUCAAAACUUGCGUGCUUUAGGUCGUGGUUCUUAUUUCGACACCCCAACCACCUCCACUAACUCAUUCGGGAAUGACACCGAGACUACCAGUGGUCGUGGUGUCACUGGAUGUUUUGUGAUCGAUGUUGACGGAUCCAACAAUAACCAUUUCGAAGAUCACCCGCACAUGUGUUUAUUUUCCAAAGAAACUGAUCUAAUGAACGGGUCGCCGGAAUCCUUUUCGUCCGUAGUUUUUGGGAGCCUGCCUAACCCCAAAGUGAAACCCAAAAGCUAUCACAAGUAACCAGCAAAUCACAACAUGCAUAUGGGUUAUGAAAGGCUGCUUUAUUUUCCUAUCAUUUCCUGUUCUUGAUUUACAUAUAUAUCAUUUUACGUUCGUCUUUUUUAAUGUUAAAAAGGAUUUCAGAGCGGAGGUAUUCUUUUAUAAAACAUGUCAAAAAACGUCUGGAUUUGUCGAGUGCAUUUUACCACAUUGUUUUUCAUAAACUUUAAAUAAUAUUAUGCCUCCUUUAGAUUCGAAUUUAUAGUUUCAUUUGUUCUAUUUUUAGAUUUUACGCCGUUUUCCCAUUUGCCCCCCAAAUGGAUAAAAAUAGUUGAGGUAGCUUAUCCAAGAAGAUACGAAAUUUGCAUCCAAUCAAAGUGUCUGAGAAAACAUCCAAGAUGAAACACUGAAAGCGUUUGAGGUGGCAUGCAAAAUUAGCACAUUUCAGGGUUCUGAUGUGACACGAAGAUGAAGAUACUUGACGCGUAUGUUGAAGCACGAACGCUGAAGACACUUGAGGUGACUGAGGAAGUAUAAACAAUGAGGGCACUUGACUCAUUUGAUGAGGUAUCUCCAUGUAUACCCCAACCAAAUAUACAAGAUGCAGAGAUCAACAAGAUGCAAGAAUUUUGAUAUGCCUCUCGAAUAGACUAUAUAUGGUACGUGCCUUAGCUAAAAUCACUCACUAAUCGGGCAUUAAGCAUUAAAUAUAUGCACUUUAAUUUGACAAGAACUGACGCGUUCCAUAGAACAUGGACAACGUUUCGAGUUAUUCCAUGUAAUAUUAGACUAAAUGCCUUAAUGGACGCUGCUGCUCGACUCGUGUGCAAUAAACAAAAAUUCGACGAUGUG